UUUACAGAUAAAGAAAUAAGAUAAACAAGACAAGUAAAUAAGGACCAGCAUAGAAGGUAUCGUUCAAGAUGGUUAGUAAAGAGAGUGAGGCAUGGAAUAGUUGCUCACAAGUUUGGAAAGACCUGGAGCCGUACAUUGCUGUUAGUAUUGAAAAGUUGGAGCAGAUCUGUCAAUUGGUGAAUGCAGCUUGUGCCACUUUGGAACCAUGGCAAAUUAUCUUGAUUUCUGUAUUUCUCACCUUAAGUGCUGUUCAUGUAUGGAAGCUACUACAUCCAGAAGAAGGACUUUAUAAAUGCCUCAAAAUGAAGAUCUUUAAACUUGUUCGAAGAUUACCCCCUGUAAAGAAGAGGAUUGUUAGUGAAUUACACAAGGUCGAACAACAAGUUGGUAAGGAACUGAAACUGGUGUAUGAAGGUACAGACUUUUUACUGGACCUCACAGAAAAGAGUUGGUCAGAAGUAAGUAGCUGUUGAUAUGGAAUUGUUUUAC